ACCAUCUAAGUUUUAAAAAAAAUACAUUUUCAAAUAUAGUAUAUGUAGGUUCUUAAAAAAUCUAAAUUUGGAAAGCCUCCAAUGUUUUAAGAGUGUAAGUCAAGCUUUUGUUAUCGCAUCAGCUGUUUAAAGCUUUCAAUCGAAGGGGGAUCCCUAAGAUGAUUAUUGUUAAAACUAAGGUUUCGGGGUCCAUUGGCAGCCUAUAAAAUGUUUAGUUUCCAGAGAAGCCAGAUCGAAGCCGGAGCUGAUAUGAAUACGAAUUUGCAUUCGCCAAAUCGCGAUUGUCCGGACCAACUUAAAGUAAACAAAUAUUAAUCGCCCAGCACCAGCGGCAGAAACCGGUCUGCCAGUGAGAUAGAGAAACAGACUGAGUCAGAGGCUUCGGAUUCUUGGACAUUAGUGCUGAGAUCGAGGAUUCAAAAUGCUAGGAUUGUGCAUUGGAAUAGUCCUUUUGUUAGGUCUGGGAUACACCAAUUCCUACAAGAUUCCUGAGCCUAGAGUGGAGCUCCAAGAAAAUGGUUUCAGCAUUUCCAUUCCAGAUGAGGAGGGUGUUAGAGUGGUGGCCUAUAAUGUGAACCGCAAUCGGAAUUUCACUUCGUUUAUCAACGAGGGACAAUAUAACGUGAGGCUAACAGAACCCCAGAAUGGCCAAUGGAGGAGUAACUUCAGUUCGGGGCCUUUGAGGGCCCGAGAUAUUCUAUAUCUUUGGACGAGUGUGCAGCAUGAGAAGGCUGUAUACCAGUCUCUAGUACAGCCCUUGAAUGUCUGCAAUCUAGCUGGAAAUUAUCGGCCCAAAGGAUGUUCCCCUGAUGAUGAGGAUUUCUCCGAUGACAAUCAACUAAGCACUGAAGGGAAUGUUUCGGAAUCUUCAGCUCCCGCUGUGUGUGAACCUUCUGAAACUCAGGUUUCGCCACAGAUCAGUGUUCCAAUCUGCAAGGGACAACUCCUCUUUGAGGAGAACUUUAAUCAGCUUAAUGAAUCUCUGUGGAUUCACGAGGUUCGCUUACCCCUGGACUCCAAGGAUGCCGAAUUUGUCUUAUAUGAUGGAAAAGCUAAGGUUGAAGAUGGCAACCUGGUGAUUGAGCCACUUCUUUGGUCCAGCUAUCGCCCCGAUUUGUCCAUAGUCAAUUCCAGACUCGAUCUCUCGGAACGCUGUACGGGAACCCACAACCGCCUCAAGGAGUGUAUGCUGCACACGACAGGCAGUGGGCCCAGUGGAAUAAUGCCACCCAUUGUGACCCCUCGUGUUGGCACCAAGGAGACCUUUGCCUUCCAAUAUGGACGGAUUGAGAUACGGGCCAAACUACCGAAAGGAGAUUGGAUUGUACCGCUUCUGCUGCUGGAACCCCUGACGGAGUGGUACGGACAAUCGGGCUACGAAUCUGGACAACUGCGAGUGGCAAUGGCCAGGGGCAACUCUGUGCUGAGGAUGCCCCGCGGAAAACUCGUGGAUGGCAGGUCGGUAUACGGUGGACCCGUACUCUCGACGGAUGCCCAUCAACGGGAGGACUUGUGGCUGAGCCAGCGUAGGAAAUCCCAUUUUGGUGAUGACUUUCACGUCUACAGUUUGGACUGGAGCAGUAGCCGACUUUUGUUCUCGGUGGAUGGGCAGAUCUAUGGGGAGACGUUAAACGGAUUUACGGAACUGGAACUGAAUCCCAGGUGGAAGCAGGGCAGUCCCAUGGCACCAUUCGACAGGAUGUUCUACAUAUCUUUAGGUCUCUCUGUGGGCGGGUUUGGCGACUUUGUGGACAAUCUGCGCACCUCCAAUUAUGAAAAACCUUGGAAAAACUACCACCCACAGGCAAAGCUUCAGUUUCAUCAGGCUCAAGAACAGUGGAUGACAACGUGGAAGCAGCCCUCCCUGAAAAUCGAUUACAUACGCGUCUUCGCAAAUUGAUAAUCCCCAGAUUUAUAGACGUAUACAUAAGAGUGUAUUUAUAAAAAUGUGCCAGCCAGAAUCUUAUCGCGAAUAAAGCUCUGAGAGGAAUUUAGAAAA